AUGGCUGGCGAGGGAGAACCCUCGUACGAGCAGUUCUCCCACCUGUACAGCAUCACGAAGUCGAAGUGUGCCGAUCAAGGGGGCUGGGUCCAGGCUAAUUGCCUGAGGGCUACCGAGCGUGGUCACUUUAUCAACGCUGUGCCAACCUCCCAGAAGACGUGGGGGAAACGGCGGGUGCUUUUGUCCGGUGACUGGGAGUCGCCCUCGGGACAUCCCGUCCGUUUCCACAUUCCCACCACAUUCCAAAUCGCUGGCAAGCUGAAGCAGCCGAGCGCUACACAGGCGGAGAUCCGGCAGAUUGAAAGGGUGAGGCUGAAAGUCCCUGCCGUGGAGAGGGUGUAUCCGAAGUUUCUCUUCACCACCAAUCUCAUCAAAGCUCAACUCGUCAACCCUGCCGAGAUUUAUGAUGUAUAUGGGAUAUCUGACCGAUUCCUUCUCGCAGUGACCGAAGAGAGGAAGGCUGCCGAGGCAAAGAGGAUGAACGAAUCCUCGAAGAGGCGCGUCAUGCUCGACAUGCAAGGGAAGAAGAAGGGGCGGCAGGCCGGAACGGCACCGGCUUCUUCGGGAGGAGUGGACCCCGAUGAUCUAACCCUCAACGAGCGUCGUCGCCAGAUGAACGCGGAAUCGGCGCGCGCCAAAGCUGCCGAUGCUGGUUCGUCCCCCAGCCGAAGCAUGCCUACCGAGGGUACCUCCUCCAAGGCCGCAGGCAAAAGACCGUUCACGGUGGACCUUGAUGCCGACCCUGCUCCAAGCCUGCUCGGGCCAUCUUCUCUGCCGAGGACGACGAGGCGCCUAUCGAAGCUGUCACCCUGGCCUGUCCUUCGAAGACGGUACAGUUUGUGA